GCUUGCUGUUUGGGGUUUUAGGCUGGGUUUCUGUACAGCACUUUGUGAUAUCAGCUGAUGUACGAAGGGCUAUAUAAAUACAUUUGAUUUGAUUUGAUUUGUGUAAAACAUUUUUAAUUCUGUGUGCGAUGCAUUUUGGCCGUAUUUUUGAAUUCACAACAUUGAAGUGAAAGAGGCCUUCAACUAUUUAGAUGGGCUGGAUCUUUAUGUUUGUCAUCUGGGUAUUGUUUUAGUUAUAGUGAAAACAGACCUUCCUGCUGCGUACCUGACAGACCAUUUUUUUUUUAUCUGAGUAGUUAAAACAAGUUACUAAUGGAGCUUUGAGUACAUUAAAAAAGGCUUGAUAUUUUACCUUUAACUAGGCAAGUCAGUUAAGAACAAAUUCUUAUUUUCAAUGACAGCCUAGGAACAGAACUGAUUUGUACCUUGUCAACUUGAGGAUUUGAACUUGCAACCUUUCAGUUUCUAGUCCAAUGCUCUAACCACUAGGCUACCCUGCUGCAGGUAUGCAAUCAAGCCCUGGGGUUUUUCCAGAUUGAAAUUAUUUAAAUUAUACCUUUCAUUGGCAUUCACAUUGAUAUUUUUGUGAAUUUGUUCAUUUUCAAUUUUGUAUUAUUUGAAAAGAAUUCCUUACAGUAAGCUUGCUUUUUCAAAUAUAAUUUGGAGAGUCAUAGGUGACUUCGUCUUUAGUAACGAGUUUCUGCAAAUUAUUUUUGGUAUCGUUCCUGUGUUGAAGAUUCAUGUAGAAUUUGGCAGGGAUGGUGUUAGACGGUGAUGAGCUGUGCCUGGUUUUCUCCAGACAUAGCACUUUGAAUUCAGGCCAAAGAGUUACAUUUUUGUCUCAUCAGACAGAAUAUUUUGCCUUAUGCUCCGAGUCUUUCAUGUGCCUUUUUGCAAACUCCAUACGUGCUGUCAUGUACCUUUUUCAAAGGAGUGGGUUCCAAAUGGCCAUUCUCCCAUAAAGCCCAGAUUGGGGAAGUGCUGCAGAGACUGUUGUCCUUCUGGCAUGUUCUUCUAUCUCAGCCAAGGAACUCUGUAGUUUUGUCCAAGUGGUCAUUGGGUUCUUGGUCACCUCCCUGACCAAGGUGCUUCUUAUCCGAUUGCUCAGUUUAGUUGGACAACCAGCUCAAGGCAGAGUCUAGGUGCUUUUAUAUUUUUUUCAAUUUCCCAAUGAUAGAGACCACUGCUCUUGGAAACUUUCAGCACUCUAGAAAUUGUUUUAUACCCUUCCCCAAUUAUGUCUAAUCACAAUUCCAUUACGGAAAUCUACAGACAGUUCCUUGGACUUCAUGGUAUACAGUAGUUUCAGCUCUGACAUCCACUUUUUACUGUAGGACCUUAUAUAGACAGGUGUUUCUUUCUAAAUGAUGUCCAAACUAUUGAAUUGGCCACAGGUGGACUCUAAUAAUUUUUGUAGUGACAUCUCAAGGAUGAUCAAAGGAAAUUGGAUGCACCUCUGAGCUCAUUGUGGUGUGACAUAGCAAAGGUUUGGAAUACUUAUGUAAAUAAGAUAUUUCGGUAUUUCAUUUUCAUUUGCAAAUAUUUGAUAAAACAUGUUUUCACGUUAUUAUGGAGAAUUGUGUGAAGACAAGUGAGACUUAAAACAAUAUAUUUCAUCCAUUUUGAAUUUAGGCUGUAACAACUAAAUGUGGAAUAAAUAUGAAUCCUUUCUGAAGGCACUAUUUUCCCUAGGCCUAUGAUAAUGUCUCUGAAACCCCGCCCAUUAUGUGUCACAGCAAGACAAUCUCGUGGCCUAUAGCAGUCAAAACUCCGGCUCCAGCUCAUAGAUCGAGAAAAGCCGACUAAACUAGUUCUGAAGGACAAGGUUGACAUAAGUUUACCUACCAGCAUCUCGUGUUUUUUUUUAUAUUGGACGGAUCGGAAUUUACCGUUACAACUUGAAAGUCCAGUCCGACAGCGGGAAAUGACACAGGAGCUUGCAAAAAAGAGAGGUGUUCUGGUGUUCCAGAAUGAGGCGUCAUACAGCGGUGGUCGGCGGCAGGCGCUCACGGAGCAUGACGAGGACUGGAGGACCUUCCUAGGGAACCCCCUGACCGCUGCCUCCAAGGCCAUGAUGCACAUCAACGGAGAUGAGGACAGUGCCAAUGCUCUCCUCUACAACUACUAUAAGGUGCCACAAGACAAGAGAACGACUGGACAGCCCAAAACAGAAGUUAUUGUGGGCGAUGCUGAUCCAAACAAUAUGAACUUCGUGGUGCCACUCCAAGAUUCCCCCCUGGCCAUGACAACUCUGAGGACCGUCCAUCGCAACACUGCGGCCCAGGGCAGCAGCCAACCCAGCCGGGGGGACAAAACCCAGGCUCUCUACCCAGCCUCAAACUCCAUAGUCUGCAUCUCCACCACCUCCAGCCCUCCCCCAUACUCCCUCAGCCCAGAGGGGACCCAGGCCCUGCACUCCUUCCCCGUUUGCACCCCCACUGGUCCCCACGGUUCCCAGUCGGAUGGCAUGGCCUUCAGUCGCCACCUCAGCCAGUACAGCCCUAGAGCCCGGAGCCUCACCCCUGACUCCACCUACACAAAGUCCUACAAGGACAGCACCAAUGAGGUCUUCCCUCCCUCUGAGGAGGUCCAGCUACGUAUGACCUCCAUCCCUCCUGGUGGAUACCCUUACUACAGCUCCACAGCAAGUCAACACUUUGAGUACAUGCUGGAGGCUCCCCAGUCUCUCUGGACCAAGAGCAGCAGUGGCCAGAUGAGCUACCUGAACAAGGCCCAGUUCUACCCCAUCACCUUGAGAGCACUAGGGGGCACCCCGCUCCAAUCUCAUCUCAGUGGAGAAGUCCGGAGUGUGGUGAUGCUUGUGUUUGGAGAGGAGAAGCUCACAGAGGACCAGCUCAAAUACUGGAAGUACUGGCACAGCAGACAGCACACAGCCAAGCAGCGUUGCAUUGAUAUUGCUGACUAUAAAGAGCGAUUCAAUACGAUCGCCAAUAUUGAGGAGAUCGCCUACAAUGCCAUCUCUUUCACAUGGGACACGAAGGACGAGCCACGGGUGUUUGUGUCUGUGAACUGUCUAAGUACAGACUUCUCCCCUCAGAAGGGAGUGAGGGGCCUUCCUCUCAACCUCCAGAUUGACACCUACAGCUUUGGGAGCCAUGGUCACAAGCUAGUACACAGAGCCUACUGCAUGAUUAAGGUGUUCUGUGACAAAGGUGCCGAGAGGAAGAUCCGAGAUGAGGAAAGGAAGCAGCCUUACAGGAAGGGAAAGAGACAGGAGACAACCGCAGCCUAUGUAGAACACCCUCUGCAGCUGAAGCAUGUGGCCAUAGCAUCGUUCAAAGCCAUGAGUGACAUGGACUCCCAGCCAGUUCUCUUCAUUCCAGAAGUCCACUUCCCCAGCACCCAGCACCACCAUGCAAGCCUACCAGAUGACAGUGAGGAUAGCUUGGGGCAGAAGAGACUACUCCACUGUGAUGAGGACUUUGAGUUGGCUCCUCACAAGAAAGCAAGGCGGGACGGACCAGAGAAAGUGCUGCUUUAUGUCCGUAAGGAGACAGAGGAGGUGUUUGAUGCUCUGAUGCUGAAGACGCCCACUCUGGCAGGACUACUGGAGGCUGUAACUGAUAAAUACGAGCUGCCGCUUGAAAAAAUGGGGAAAGUCUACAAGAGGUGCAAAAAAGGGAUCUUAGUCCAUAUGGACGAUAACAUCAUCAAGCAUUACUCCAACGAGGAUGCCUUCCAGAUCAACAUGGAAGAGGUGGGGGGGGAAAUGCUGCUGACACUGACUGAGAUCUGA